GGAUGGAGGGAAGGAUACGAGUGGGGAUCCGGCGUUGAUGGGGUUAUUCAAUCAUUCCGCCGGCUAUACGGUCUUUGCGCCGACGAACGAAGGACUCAUCGCGGCGGGGAACCAGCUUUCGAGUUAUGCGAAGAACGAUACAGCUUUCGAUGUGUUGGUUGAGAAUCAUGUCAUCAACGGCACGACGCUCUACUCCUCGGAGCUCUUCCCGCCGCCGACGCCAGAGGGGAUCGUCAUCCAAGGAAAGCUGGUGCAAAACUACACGACGGGUGCAGGGGAGACUUUGAGCUUUACAGCGAAUGAGACGGGGAGGUAUGUUUGGAGUGGCGACCCGCCGUCCGCGAACGCGCGCAUUCUACAUACGGAUGUCCUGACGGAUAAUGGCGUGGUACAUGUUAUCAGCAAUGUGCUGUUCAACUUUGACGACGAUUGGGGGAAGGCGAAGGAUGCCUACACCGCCGCCACCGUCAGCGCCGCUGCCGCCACCUCCGCGCCCACAGGUCCCAUCGCCAUGAGUACCUCCCUCAGCGCAACCGCGACGCCGACGAGCUACUACUUCGACGAUGGGUCGGGUAAUGGGGUGUGGCCGAAGUUCGGGGAUAUGAACGGGUCAUGGGCGUAUUUGAUUGCGAUGGUGUGGUUGGGGAUUGGGGCUGCUGUGGUGGUGUAGUUGGGAAGCUUUCCCGCAGCCCGCAGCCUUUCAUUGCAGUGGUUAGACUGGGAGCGUCGCUGGUCCAAGGCCAGUGCAUAUAACGACACCUCUGGGUGUUCGGCGAAUGCCGAACCACGUGCAAUAACUUCUUUGCUUCCGAAUCCGCAUCCGGUAGUCUUUGUGUUGAGCUUUCCAGGCGGUUGAGUGUGCAAACCUUCCGCACAACGCUG